AUGGCGACCCCCGACCCCAAUAACGUACGAAUUAUAACGACUCUGGGUCACGUAGACCAUGGCAAGACGACCCUCAUGGACGCCCUCCUCGCUGCCAAUAAUAUCAUCUCUUCCCGAAUGGCAGGCAAGAUGAGGUAUCUCGACAGUCGGGAAGACGAACAGGAACGUGGGAUCACGAUGGAGGCUAGUGCAGUCUCCUUGAAGUUCCAGGUGGUGGAGAACAAGGAUGGUGGAAGAUCGACAAGGAACUACAUUGUGAAUAUGAUUGAUACACCUGGGCACGUCGAUUUCUCCACAGAGGUGUCCACGGCCUCACGGUUGUGCGAUGGAGCACUGGUUUUGGUGGACGUUGUGGAAGGAGUUUGCACACAGACUAUCGCUGUCCUUCGUCAAGCGUGGCAAGACCGACUACGCCCCAUCCUCGUUAUCAACAAGAUGGAUCGCCUUGUCACAGAACUGAAACUGGCCCCAACCGAAGCGUACCAGCAUCUCGCCCGGCUCAUCGAAGACGUCAACGCAGUCAUGGGCAGCUUCUUUGCAAGUGAGCGCAUGGAAGACGACCAAAGGUGGCACGAGGAGCGAGAACGUCGAUUGGCCGAGAAGCGGGAAGCUCUGGCGGACGAAAACGACGCGACCGUCAACGAGGAUACAGAAUUCCAGGAGAAAGAUGACGAAGACAUCUACUUUGCUCCUGAGAAGGGCAACGUUAUCUUUGCCUCUGCGAUUGAUGGAUGGGGGUUUAGGGUUGGGAAGUUUGCCCAGUUGUAUGCACAGAAGCUUGGUGUGAAGGAAGCGAAUCUCCGACGCGUGCUUUGGGGGGAUUACUUCCUCGACCCGAAGACAAAGCGAGUCAUCAGUCACAAGCACCUCCGAGGAAGGAAUUUGAAGCCCCUAUUCGUCCAGUUUGUUCUGGAGAACGUUUGGGCAGUGUAUGAUGCGGUCGUCAUCAACCCGAAUCCGGAGAAAGUAACAAAGAUUGUCACGGCCCUCAACUUGAAGAUUCCUCCCAAAGACCUCAAGUCUAAAGACGCGCGAUACCUUCUUUCCUUGAUUUUCUCGCAAUGGCUAUCUUUAUCCACCGGCAUCAUCCAAACCGUCAUCGAUGUUAUCCCUCCUCCCCCCGUCUCACAAGGCAGCAGAAUACCCAAGAUGAUCUACCCAGACCUCCGCGAGGAUACCCUUCAACCCAAGAACAAACUCGAGGAAGACAUGUACGCUGCGAAAUGCGGUCCUGAAGCCUACGUGAGCGCGUAUGUGAGCAAGAUGUUUGCUGUCCCGCUCAAGGAUCUCCCGGAGAACAAGAGGAAGGCUUUGACGGCGGAGGAGAUGCGAGCGAGAGCUAAGGAGGCAAGAGCUGCGAGAGAGGCUGCCGCUGCAACAGCUGGAGAAGGUUCGAGCCCAGGGGCCCUGGCACCGGAAGGUCACCAGAUGUCUCCCUCCCCGGACUCGAGGGAAGUGUCACAGGCACCACAAGACGAAGAGAAGGAGAAGGCAGAUAAGGACGCAGAGGUUGUCCUUGGCUUCGCCAGGCUGUACUCUGGAACGAUCAAGGUUGGUGGAACUGUGUAUGCGGUUCUUCCCAAGUACAACCCAGCUCUCCAGCCUACGUCGCCGUACAACUCGAAGUAUUUGCUCAAGGCAGAGGUUGAGGGGCUGUAUAUUAUGAUGGGCCGUGAACUCGUCGCCGUGGAUUCGGUCCGAGCUGGAAACAUCUUCGCUAUCAAGGGUCUGGAAGGAAAGGUUUGGAGAAGUGCUACCCUGUGUUCGAUGGGAGCAUUGGAUGGCAUAGAAAACGAGCCAGAUGUCCAGGCGCAUAAACCAUGUCUCAUCAAUUUGGGAUCUGUGCGCAGAUCGGCUGCACCGAUUGUCCGAGUCGCGCUUGAGCCGGUUCACCCAGCAGACAUCCAUAAACUUGUCGACGGUCUUAAGUUGCUCAGCCAGGCAGAUCCUUGCGUCGAGACCUUCCAGCAGCAAACUGGCGAGCAUGUCAUCUUGACAGCAGGCGAAUUGCAUCUAGAGCGGUGCCUGAAGGAUUUGAGAGAACGAUUUGCUCGAGUGGAAAUACAGCCCUCCGAACCUAUCGUGCCAUUCAGGGAGACAGCUGUCAAAGCUUCUGAAAUGGCACCGACGAAAACUCCGGGAGCACCUAGGGGAACAAUCAAGAGCGCGAGCUCCCAAAACAUCGUCAAGUUCACCAUACGCGCUUCACCCAUUCCCGCGGACAUUCUCCAGUAUAUCCUCGAGAAUACGAGCAUCAUCAAGAAACUCCAAAGCGACCAACUCGCAAGAGAGCAAGGUAAAUCCUCGGAGUCGGAAGAAAGUGGAGGGGACCCAGACGCGAGUGAAAACUACGGCGAUGUCGUACGCAAGACCACCGUCACUCCCGAUCGGUUCUGGGAGGUCCUAGAGGAGAAGUGUAAGGAGGCUGGUGGAGAAUGGGAGGGGAUUGUGGAUCGGAUUUGGGCAUUUGGUCCCCACAAGGCUGGUGGAUGUUUGCUCAUUGACUCGAGGCAAACGAAUGGUGCUGGCGCUUCGCUCAGGAGGAAGUUGCAGAGGACGAAGGCAGUGGAGGAAGGAGGUCCGGAAGCGGAACGCGUUAUUCGCGAUUUUGAUAACCAUAUCGAGAUGGGCUUCCAGAUCGCGACUUUCCAGGGACCGAUGUGUGCUGAACCUGUAGAGGGCUUGGCUUACUUCGUAGAACAGGUGGAGGUAGACAGGGAGGCGCUGGAUAACGAGAUUGAGCAUAACCGCGUUGCGCAAGUGACGGGUUCAAUCAUCACAUCCGUUCGCGAUGCUUGCAGGAACGGCCUACUGGACUGGUCGCCCAGGCUUAUGUUGGCCAUGUACACAUGUGACAUUCAGGCUUCCACUGAUGUACUUGGCAAGGUGUAUGGAGUAGUCGCGAAACGCCGUGGACGAGUCACCGCUGAGGAAAUGAAGGAGGGAACCUCGUUCUUCAACGUGACCGCAUUGCUACCCGUGGUCGAGAGUUUUGGUUUCGCCGAUGACAUCCGUAAGCGAACAUCGGGAGCAGCGAGUCCGCAAUUGAUUUUCAGUGGAUACGAGUUGCUGGAUAUCGAUCCUUUCUGGGUACCUACAACCGAAGAGGAGCUCGAGGAUCUUGGAGAGAAGGCGGACAGGGAGAACGUCGCCAAGGCCUAUAUGGACGCUGUUCGUACCCGCAAAGGUUUGUUCGUAGACAAGAAGAUCGUGCAGUUUGCGGAGAAGCAGCGCACCCUUAAGCGAUGA